UUUGCAAUCAAACAGAAGGUCUCGUGCCUAUGAUGUCAUUCUGAUCACUUACGAUUUAUAGUUUGAUUCGGUGUUGAAAAACAAAAUAGAAGCAUUGCAAAAUAUAAGAGAUCCCAAAAUCUUUUACAUUUUGUACAGAAAAUUUGGAAAGUUUUAAACAAUCCUGGAUGCCACCAAAAAGGAAGCGGUAAAUACAAAACGAUCACUUGUUACGCUAGAAACGAAUGAAGCGGGGAAUUCACCAACUUAUCAAUUAUUAGAUGCUCUUCUAGACAAAAUAGCAUGUCGGUAGAAGAGAAAGAAAAAGAACACAGAGAUUCCCUGGCUGAGUUGAAGAUCGUUCGGCAGUUGUGAUCAAACCCUCGCAACAGAAGGACGCGAAUCCGAAUCGUCACAUCAAAAUAAUCCGAUCCAAUGCUCACGAGAUCUGAUGAACGAUUACGUACAUUCCAGAUUGAGUCAUUAAUAGGGAAAAAAACAACGCAUAGUAUAGAAUUAAAUUCAUUCAUCACCAAACUUGAUGCUGUGCAAACUUGAUGUUCGAUGCUGUGGUGUUGGUGUUGUAGAUGAGCAAGUUAGAUGAUUUUUGACAGGCUGACAGAUUAGAGUGUUACAAACAGGAAGUGCGGGAUUCAUAUAUUGUAAAGCGAUCAAUGCGUAAUUGGGGUGUGAUCUGUAACUAAAAUCUGGAAGGAUGACCGGCAAAGAAUACUUCUUAUUAUUGUGGAUAGCAGCUGUUGUCUGUAUCUCAUCGGUAGGAUGUCAAUCUACGGAGGUAACAACGGUUACAGACCCGGUUACCAUUAGUCCGAACAACAAACUCUACCAAAGCUCGCAGAAAUUUGCACUCGAUUUUUUUAAGACUGUUAGUGAAGUUGUUGACUCGGAUCCAAAUGUGACGACAACAAACAUAAUUGUAUCUCCGCUGUCUGUGUGGAGUCUGCUCGCAUUGAUCACUGAGGGUGCGAAUGGAAAUACUCUUGCCGAGCUACUCAAAGUCCUAAACGUGGAAGAUCAAGGUGCCAUCAAGAAAAGCUACAAAACGCUUCAAGAGGUGAUCAAUGUGAACACGAGUGAGGUGGAAAUUUCGUCGAUACAAUUCAUUUUCACUGACAUGAACCGACCGGUGCAACGAGAGUUCGAUAGUAAUAUCCAUCACUACUACGGGGACGGAUUGCUGGAGGCAUUAGAUUUCAGCAGCAAUCCGCAGGCUAUAAAGAACAGCCACGAUCGCAUCAAUCAGCUUGUGGAUACGGCUACUAAAGGGCAGAUCACCAAGGCGGUCCACGCAAAGGAUGUAAUCCAGGCGAGAAUGAUUGUCGUUUCGGCGCUGUUUUUCAAAGGACAGUGGACGCUCCCAUUCAAUCGAACACUCACGAAUGAAACUCCUUUCUACGAUGAGAAUGAACGAGUUGUAGGUAAUGUGCAAAUGAUGUAUCAAAAGGCGGCGUUUCCAUUUGCCGCAUUCCGUGAGUUGGAUGCACAGAUUGCAGAACUUCCGUACGGCUCCGAUCGCCAUUUAAGCAUGAUGCUAAUAUUACCCCGGAAAGGCGUUCCACUGUCGAGCGUUAUCCGCCGUUUGGCGGACUUCAACAUGGCAACGAUAUACCAGGAGUUAAAGCAAGCCGCAGUGGACUAUGAAGACGAUGAAAUUGAACUAUAUUUGCCACGAUUCGAGAUUACCGCUGAUUAUAAUCUGGUUCCAGUACUAAAUGAUAUGGGCAUUCACGACGCAUUCAAUAAGGAAACGGCCAACUUUGAAAAGAUGUCCAAAGACAUAUUUCUAGGGUCGGUCAUACAGAAGAGCAAAAUUAUUGUGAACGAAGAGGGAACGACUGCAGCUGCUGCGACCGUAGCCGUGUUCGCAAACAAAGCAACACCUCCACGAAUGCUCGCUAAUCGGCCAUUCGCAUUUCUGAUAGUGGACAAACGGCACGAUCUGAUUCUAUUCAUGGGACAGGUGAAAGACCCACAAAUAAAUCUUUCAGCAGGACUAUGAUUUUAAGAAUAAAAUAGGCUUGGAACAUGACGCAUGUUGCUUACCAUGUUA